AUAAAAGCAUUUUCAGCACUAAACGGAUUUUAAACAUGAGAAAAUUUCAAUUUUUUGUCCCUUUUAUUAAAAUAAUCCUAUCAAUCGUGUCCCAAUCUUUGUACUUUUCUUACUUUUAUUUUCGCUCCAAGCUUUGUACUAACACUUGCCAUUUUAGCAGCAAAUGAUCUAAACCCUAAUGAGAAGAACCCUAAGGUCCAAAUCUCUCUCACCUCUAUCUGCAAUUCCUCGACCUCUUCGUCCGUACAACAAUGGAAGUUCUCAUUUCUCUCCAUCCACGCCACCAAAACCCUCGAAACAAGACCCAGCCUCACCUUUCAGGUCAAAUCCCAGAUGGGUAUUCACUACUUCACUCCCACCACCCGAGUGGAUACAGCCCUUCGCUGACCUCUCUGACCUCAUCACAAGCCCUAAACACCUCAAACCCUCCCCUUGGGUCCAGCAAAUUCUCAACCUGUUGGACAAUUCUCCAAACAUGGAGCACAAUUUACAAGUGUAUUGCCACAAAUUCCUAAUCCGAUUAUCACCCAAUUUCGUGGCUUUCGUGUUACACUCCGAUCAGCUUCGCGGGCAAUUCGACGUCGCUUUGAGGUUUUUCUACUGGGCUGGUAAGCAAAAGGGCUAUACCCAUAAUCUAGAAUGCUAUGUUUCUUUGAUUGACGUGUUAUCUGUGUCUGGUGAUUUAAAUAGAAUUCGAUGUAUUUUUCGUGAAUUUAAGGAUAGAGGUUUUUUAAUUAAUGUCUCGGCUGCUAAUUCUUUGAUUAGGAGUUUUGGAAGUCUUGGGUUGGUGGAGGAAUUGUUGUUUGUGUGGCGUCAAAUGAAAGAAAAUGGUAUUGAGCCGACUUUGUACACCUAUAACUUUUUGAUGAAUGGGUUGGUGAAUUCAAUGUUUAUUGAAUCCGCAGAACAGGUUUUUGAGGUCAUGGAAGGUGGGAAGAUUGGGCCUGACAUUGUGACUUACAAUACAAUGAUUAAAGGGUAUUGUAAAUCUGGGAAGACUCGGAAAGCAAUGGAAAAAUUUAGAGAUAUGGAGGUGAGAAAUGUGGAACCUGAUAAGAUCACUUAUUUAACUUUGAUGCAGGCGUGUUAUUCUGAAGGGGAUUUCAGUUCCUGUUUGAGUCUUUAUCAAGAAAUGGAGGAGAAGGGAUUGGAGAUCCCGCCUCAUGCUUACAGUUUAGUGAUUGGAGGGCUCUGCAAAGAUGGGAAGUCUUUGGAAGGGUAUGCUGUUUUCGAAAACAUGAUUCGGAAAGGUUGUAGAGCUAAUGUGGCUAUAUAUACUGCUCUGAUUGAUUCGUAUUCGAAAAGUGGCAACAUGGAGGAGGCUAUGAGGCUUUAUGAGAGAAUGAAGAGUGAUGGGCUUGAACCAGAUGAGGUUACAUGUGGUGUAAUAGUUAAUGGUUUAUGCAAGAGUGGGAGGAUGGAGGAGGCCAUGGCGUAUUUCGAAUUCUGUAAAGGUAACAAUGUGGCCGUUAAUGCCGUGUUUUAUUCAAGUCUCAUUGAUGGUCUUGGAAAGGCUGGGAGAGUGAAUGAAGCUGAGAGACUUUUUGAAGAGAUGGCCGAGAUGGGAUGCACACGGGAUUCUUAUUGCUAUAAUGUACUUAUUGAUGCUAUGGCUAAGAGUGGAAAGAUUGAUGAAGCAUUAGUGCUCUUUGAGAGAAUGGAAGAUGAAGGUUGUGAUCAGACAGUGUAUACAUACACAAUAUUGAUCAGUGAAUUGUUCAGAGAACAUAGAAAUGAGGAGGCGUUGAAGUUUUGGGAUAUGAUGAUCAAUAAGGGUGUCACACCCACAGCAGCUUCUUUUAGAGUUCUUUCAACUGGGCUUUGUCUUUCAGGCAAGGUGGCGAGGGCUUGUAAGAUUCUGGAUGAACUAGCACCCAUGGGGGUUAUUCCUGAGACUGCUUUUGAAGAUAUGAUCAAUGUGUUGUGCAAAGCUGGUCGUAUUGAGCAGGCUUGCAAGUUGGCUGAUGGAAUUGUAGACAGGGGUCGAGAAAUACCAGGAAGAGUUCGUACUGUUUUAAUUAAUGCCUUGAGGAAGGCUGGGAAUUCAGAUUUGGCGAUGAAGUUGAUGCACAGUAAGAUUGGUAUUGGUUAUGAUAGGAUGGGUAGCGUUAAAAGACGAGUCAAGUUCCGGGUUCUUGUUGGCAUUUGAUUCUUGGACCACAUGUAAGGUAUCAUGUAAAUUUGCAGAGUUUAUGAUGAGGGCUCUUUGUCCUCGUAGUUUAGAGCUCAAUUUAUGAAGAUCCCCUGCAAGGAGGAUCAGAUGUGUAAUAUAACUGAGCUGGAAACCUUAUUAAGUUUUAUCAAUUGCGUUUUGGUCCAGUUAGAUGACAAACAGGUAGAUACCAGUGUUCGGCAGACAAGUUCUAGUCAAUUUUGAUGCUGUUGUGGCUCAUCGCUUGGAUUUAACGCAGCCCGGAGAAGAAAGAUAGAUCUUUGUAGCUAAGCCCAAGUAGUUGGGAUUAAGAUGUUCAGUCAAGUGAAUUACUUAAUAUAUCCAUGUGGAAUAGAUUUAUGGGUUAAGAGAUCCGGUGCAAUAGUCUGCAGUGAACCUGUUUCGAAGCAACAAGCCUUGUUGGUCACUAUCUGAAGCUAAUUUUCAAAUAUCAAUAUGUGCAAGCAUCUUUCAUAUCCACUCCUACCAGGCUGAUAAACUUUGAAGUGCCUAAUAAGAGAUGUCAUCGAUGUUCUAGCAUGGGCGGACGGGGUAGCAGGACAAGCAAGGUCUGAAGAUAUAUUGUUUAGAGGAUUUCGUACUAAUCUUUGUGCAGCUCGAGCUUAGAUUUGUAACUUUUGAUAUGUGGUGGCUUGAGAAUCACUUUGGUCCUACUUGGGAGCUUGUACUUAUAGAUAUUGUGUUGUAUACUUGGAUAACCAAGUGAUCUUUGAUUUUUAUAUUAAGUUAUGGUAUAAGCUCGACAAGGAAUUUAGAUGUGUUUGGCUCUGGCGGGAGUAUUUCGCGGGGAGCGAUGGUGGCAACCUUUUACCGAGUGUUGUACCAAUCCUUUCAUUUUAGGUUAUGCUUUUUGUUUUUAACAUCACAGGGAUGCUUUGAUUUAGAAGGAAGGAAAAUAAAUAAAGAAAAAGCUUAUGAA